UGGCCUGUCUCAGGGCAGGUCCGUGUGCCUCCUGACGCUGAGAUGCCACUGCUGCUGCUGCUGUCCCUGCUGCUGGGCGGGUCCCAGGCUCAGGAUCCAAGAUACGGCCUGCAGAUACAGGAGUCGGUGACGGUGCUGGAGGGCCUGUGUGUCUCUGUGCCCUGCUCCUUCUUCUACUUUCUGCACAGUUGGACAGACCCUACCCCAGCUUACGGCUACUGGUUCAAAAAAGGGACUGACUCAAAGACUGGUGCCCCAGUGGCCACAAAUGAUCGAAAUCGAUGGGUGCAUUGGAGCAACCGGGACCGAUUCCUGCUCACUGGGAAUCCCCAGGACAAGACCUGCUCCUUGUUGAUCAGAGAAGUUCAGUUGCAGGACCAUGGAGCAUACUUCUUUCGCGUGGAGAAAGGACCCCACAUAAAACACAAUUUUAGGAAUACGUUCUCUCUGCAGGUGACAGACUCUCAGAAGCCAGAUGUCUAUGUCCCCGAAACCCUGGAGCCCGGGAAACCGGCGACUGUCCUUUGUGUGUUUAACUGGACCUUCAAGGGAUGUCCAGCCCCUUCCUUCUCCUGGACGGGGGCUGCCCUCUCCUCCCAGGAAGGCCGACCAACCACCUCCCACUUCCCGGCACUCAGCCUCAUACCCAGACCCCAGGACCACAACACCAACCUCACCUGUCACGUGGACCUCACAGAGGUUGUGGGGGCAGAGAGGACCAUCCGACUUCGCAUGGCCUAUGCCCCCAGAACCCCAGUCAUCAGCAUUUCCCGUGACAACAGGUCAGCCCUAGAGCCUCAGGGAUACCUCCCACACCUGGAAGCCCAGAAAGGCCAGGCCCUGAGGCUCCUCUGCGCUGCUGACAGUCAGCCCCCCGCCACGCUGAGCUGGGUCCUGCAGGACAGAGUCCUCUCUUGGUCCCACCCCUGGGGCCCCAGAACUCUGGAACUGGAGCUGCCCAGGGUGAAGGAGGGGGACUCAGGGCACUAUACCUGCCGAGCAGAGAACAGGCUGGGCUCCCAGAACCUCUCCUUGGACCUCUCUGUGCUGUAUCCUCCAGAGAACCUGACAGUGACGGUUUCCCAGGCAAACAGGACAGUCGUGGAAAACCUUGGGAACGGCACAUCCCUCCCAGUCCUGGAGGGCCAGAGUCUGCACCUGGUCUGUAUCACCCACAGCAACCCCCCAGCCGGGCUGAGCUGGGUCCGGGGCGGACAGAUCUUGAGCCCCUCCCAGUCUUCAGACCCAGGGGUCCUGGAGCUGCCUCGGGUGCAAAUGGAGCACGAAGGAGAAUUCACCUGUCUUGCUCAGCACCCGCUGGGCUCCCAGCACAUCUCCCUGAGCCUCUCUGUGCACUAUAAAAAGGAACCCUUGACCACUUUCUCCAGGGGAAUCUUUCUGGGAAUCGGCAUCAUGUGUCUCCCCUUCCUCUGCCUCAUCCUGAUCCUCGUGAAGAUUCUACGGAAGAAACAGAAUCUGGCAGAGACGCCGAGGCCCAAGGUCUCCCGGAGCAGCACAAUCCUGGAUUACAUCAAUGUGGUCCCCAAGGCCGGGCACCUGGCUCGGAAUCGGAAGGCCACACCAAAUAGUCCUUCCAGGACCCCUCCUCCUGACACUUCCUCCCCGAAAUCAAAGAAUAAUCAGAAGGAGCUUGUUGCCCUCGGUCACCCGGGACCCAGACCACCCACUCAAGCCCCAGAACCUGAGGACCGCCAAGAGGAGAUCCAUUAUGCUGCACUCAACUUCUCAGACUUCAGAUUCAAGCCGGAGUCCCAGGCCACGGACACUGAAGGCUAUUAUGCAGAAGUCAAGUUCCACUGAGGGUUCCUAGGCUUCAGGCUAGGGAGGAAGGU